UAGGAUGGGAUGAGUGGAAUGAGGCAAACCAGAAUGACGAAGCUGAAGAAGUGGUGGAACAAGCAGCUGAUCGUGUCUUCAUGGCGGCUCGUCUUUUUGUUCGCUUUUUCAACCAGCGCGGCGCCUCACUCCAGCAGCGAAUCCUCGAGCUCCUGGCCUUGGCUGAUUCAGCCGACAGCUUUCAUAAAAAAACGGUCACGGCCAGUGUCGGCGGAGGUCUGGCCAGUGUUGCGGGGUCUGUCACAACUAUCACCGGCCUCAUUCUGGCACCCUUCACAGCUGGAACCUCCCUCAUCGUCACAGCUGUGGGCAUUGGUGUAGCUACAGCAGGUGGGGUGGCGUCUGCUUCAGCCAACAUCACAGACACAGUCCAUUCAAAGACAGACCGAAAGAAGGUGGAGAAGAUGAUCCAGGACUACCAGGAGGAGAUGAACGACAUCAAGGAGUGUCUGGAGUUUUUGCAGGAAGGGAUGGAGACACUGGAGGAGUGGAACUUUGAGAAGUACGCUGAAAGCAUCUCAAAGAAGCACCUUAACCAGAACGUCAAACAUGUAAUGAAGGAGGGCGGCCGGGCCGGCAAGGCUUUAGUGAUCAACACAGAGAGCCUGAUUAAUACCGUUCAGGUCCUGAGUGUUGCGGGUGGAGCCGCUAAAGCCGCCCAGGUGAUGAGCAUCACCACUGGCGUUAUGUCGGGUCUCUUCCUGGCUCUGGAUGUCUUUUUCCUGGCGAAGGACUCCAUGGAGCUGAGGAAGGGCGCCAAGACAGAGUUUGCCGCUAAAAUCCGAGAAGUGUGCAAGGACCUGCAGGACGGGCUGCUGGAGCUGAACCGCAUCAAGGAACAGCUGCAGAAAACCAUGGACGGGAUAGAGGUGGAGGUAGAGGAGGAGGGAGAGGACGAAGAGCAGUGGAAGUCUGAUCUGAAGAAACUUGUGGAGCUUGAAGAAUGAAGGAACAGUGAUUUAAGAAUAGAAUUAAGAAUGAAGUAAUAUAUUUUAAAUAUUUAUAUUAUUUAAAGUAGUAAUUUUAAUUAUGUAUUAAACCAGAAGUUACUGUAUUGUCAUUUAUUUAAUCUUAGUUUCUUUCUAAUAAAAGUAUUUCCUGCUAAUUUUUGUCCCUUCUGUAUCACACUACUUGCCCCUGUU